UACACUCCGCCCCUCGACGGCUCGCCUUUCCUGCCGGAGCUGCGGCCGGCCCCAUUUUCUUAUCACCACCACCGGGGGAAGGAGAAGGGGUAGCUGGACGCCCGCAGCGAAGAAGGCACCCAGACUUCUUCCUCUCCGGGAGGGCGCCGGGCCGCUGCUUCUGCUGCUUUGGGAUUCGGAGCAGGGGCCGGAGGAGGCAGCAAAGGGCUCUCGCCAUGGCUUGCCAUCUCGGACCUGGGAUUUUGCUGCUCGUGAGCUGUGCCAUCUUUGGGAAUGGACUUCACAUAGAGAUUCCUGGAGGUAGCAACAAGCAGCUCCUUCAUUCGGACGGUCACAUUAGACAGAAGCGGGAAUGGAUUGUCCCACCUGCCCUCCUCAACGAAGAGAGUGAAAAUAAGAACCCAAUUGCUAAAAUACGAUCUGAUCAUGAAGGUGACCCUGGGGUAGUUAUUACAUACACUAUUUCAGGCCCAGGAGUCACCGAACCACCAUAUAAUUUGUUUGUGAUUAAUGGAAAAACUGGAGACCUGAACAUAACAAGAAUAGUUGAUCGGGAGCAAACACCAAUGUUCCAUCUGAAAGGUUAUGCAAUGGAUCAGUACGGUAAUAACAUGGAAAAACCAUUAGACUUGAGAAUUAAAGUUAAAGACAUAAAUGACAACUACCCAAAGUUUUCAAAGUCAGUUUUUAUGGGCUCUGUUGAAGAAUUGUCUGAAGUAGGUGUUCUUGUGAUAAAGAUAGAUGCAACCGAUGCAGAUGAGCCAGGCAACCUCAACUCUAAAAUUGCCUUCAAGAUUAUUUCUCAAGAGCCUGCCAAUCCUCCUGCAUUUGAAAUUAUCCGAGCGACAGGCGAGGUCCGGACUUCACAUUUUCAACUCGACAGGGAGGUGCAAAGUAGCUACUCCUUAAUUGUAGAAGCAAGAGACCGAGAUGGAGAUGCAAUAGGGCUUGGUGAACGGACAACAGUACAGAUCAAGGUUUUGGAUGUCAAUGACAAUAUCCCUUAUCUUGAAAAAAGCAUGUAUGAUGGAAGCGUCCGGGAAAAUACAGCUAAUGUGGAGAUUAUGCGAUUCAGGGCCUUUGACGACGAUGAGCAGUACACUGAUAACUGGCUGGCAAACUUCACCAUUGUGUCUGGCAAUGAAGGAGGUUAUUUCCGUAUAGAAACAGAUUCGCACACCAACGAAGGGGUUUUGAUUCUGGUUAAGGAAAUUAAUUAUGAAGAGCUGCAGAACAUUGACUUGAAUAUUGUUGUUUCUAACAAAGCAGAGUAUCACAAAUCAAUUAUUGCUAAGGGCUUCCAAGCAAAACCAAUUCCAGUUAAAAUUAAGGUGGAAAAUGUGAUUGAAGGCCCUGUAUUUAAGCCCAACAGAAUUACAAUUCAAACAAACAAAACAGUGAAAGUGAACCAGGUUAUUGGGCGCUUCGAAGCUUAUGAUGAAGAUACCGGAAAGAUAGCACAAAACAUCAGGUAUGUUAAAGGCCAGGACAUUGCGAACUGGUUUACAAUAGACUCUAGAACUGCUGAAAUCAAACUUAACCGAGAGAUUGACUAUGACUCAUCUUUUCUUGUCAACGGUACUUACACUGCAACAAUUUUGGCUAUAAGUAAGGAUCAGCCUCAAAAAACGGCUACAGGUACCAUUGUUAUUCAGGUACAGAACACUACUCUUUACUGCCCGACCAUUGUGACUCCACAUCAAACUAUCUGUACUCAUGCAAAGUUUGUUAACAUCUCUGUUACUAAUCGAGGAGGUUAUCUAAAUCGUGGCCCUUUCACUUUCACUAUUAUUGAUGAGCCUGAAAGAGUGUCAGACAAGUGGAGGAUAAUCCGAGUGGAUGGAUCUAGAGUACAGCUUAUACCAGAGAACCUGAACCCUGGAUCAUAUGAAGUUCCACUCCUGGUGAAAGAUAACCAAGGUCUUAGCUGUCCCGAGUAUCAAACUCUAAGACUGGACGUUUGUGAAUGUGCAGAAGGUGGUGGUUGCCGAGCAGCAAUCGUCGGCUCAUCGGUUGUGCUAGGACCUGCAGCAAUUGCUCUGAUAAUUCUGGCAUUGUUGCUGCUGCUGCUGGUGCCUCUCUUACUGCUGGCCUGUGGCUUUGGUGGAUCAGGUGCCUCAAAAGGCUUUGUGGCAAUACCCGAUAACAGCGAAGAAAUGUUGCGAAUAUGGAACAACGAAGGGGCAGCCCCUGAAGACAAGGCUGCCGUCAACCUAAGCCACAUGACUUCUGUGAACAACUCGGCCUCAGGGAUGGGGAAUGGAAAUGCAUCGUCAAGCUUAGGCGUGGCAGGAGGCGCUGUGGUUUCUGGCUCUUCUGCAUUCGGACAGCAUAACACCACAACCAUCGAAAGGCGCUGGGAGGAGGCUCGUAUGUCUCAUGCACAUCGUGAUGGCAUGGAUUUUGGAGGGGGCUCAACAAUAGCAGGAGCAAGAGGAGGAGGAGGAGGAGACAUGGCAGCACAGAAAAUCAUGACAAUGGAUAGAUACAUGGAACAUGUCGGAGCUGUGAAUGAAGAAUUCUUAAGGAGCUACUUCACUGAAAAAGCUGAUGCUUUUGCCGACGAGGAUGAAGGGAACCUCGCAAAAGACUGUCUACUCGUUUACUCUCAGGAGGAAGAAAGAGAUUCUCCCCAUGGUUCUGUUGGCUGCUGCAGUUUCAUUGAGGGCGACUUUGAUGAGCAUUAUCUGGAUGACUUGGGAGAUAAAUUUAAGACUCUGGCCGAGAUCUGCAUGGGCAAACGCAUUGGCAUGGAAGCUGGACCACACACCUCUCAAGGCCUGAAAGAUCUGACUCCUCCUCUUACAGCAAGUGAAUCUGAUGUGCGAUACUUGCAUCAGCAGAAUGCAGAGCACACCUAUAUUUCAGGCUCUGGCAACCAAAUACCUGACGCCACAAAAGGCUUUGGUUCAGAAAUGGUGACCGAGGAGACAGUAACUGAGACUACCUUUGAAUCUAGACCUGGCUUGCAGCAAGUCAGACGUAUACCCAACCCUCUGGUUAGCAGCAGCAGCAGCAGCAAUGUUGUAAUGACAGAAACAUCUUAUGGGGAAAUACCCCCUCCAGUACUCUUUGACCCCCAGUUUAAGGAGAAUGUGGUAGUGACAGAGAGAGUGCUUGCUCCGGGUUCUAGCUUGCAGGAUAUGUUAGAAAUGCCUUCUGGAGUCUUUCCAGACCUUACAGAUUCAAAAUACGUUGUUGUAAGGGAAAGGGAGAGGGUCCUUGUACCUAGUUCCGAGCUAAAUGGUUCCUUGAGCAUCCCCAAUUUAGCAGGAGGACAGAAUGUGGUAGUGACCGAGAAGGUGGUUACACCCACCCCUGGCAUGUGGGGCACGUCAGAGCAAGCCACCUUUCCUGAGAGCGAUAGACAGGGACAAAUCUUGAUCGCAGAUGCUUUCUUUAACCAAGGCAGCACACAGGAAGCACCUCCCCCUGGUUCUACCCUGAGCAAGUCCUCAAGGGUUAAAUACAGCACUGUGCAGUACACACGCUCAUAGAUGGUAUGCUUUCAUCCAUAACUUUUUAUUUACAUUAACAGUGAUGGGGAUUAGUGGUUUGUUUUCUCAGGGGCUAAGUGAAUUGCUUUCCUUUCCUUUGCAGUAGUUUCUGUACAAGAAAACUCGCACAAAGCCCAGAGAAGAGAUACUGAAAUUAAAGAUGCAGUCCUAAACACAUUUUUCUAGGAAGAAUGCCCCACUGAAUACAGUAGGACCUCUAAGAUUCAUAGCAUUGCAGUGUAAAAGAACUUGAUUGUAGUAACAUAGGUUUAGAAGAGCAACAAGGAACUACUUCAGCUGCAUAGCCAGGAAGAAUGUUGCUAACAUCCUGGGCCUCUGUAUUCUACCAUACAUUGCUAGGACCUAGAUGGCAGUCCAACUGGUUUAGUUGGUUAUCAGCAAACUUUAACUAGCUGUGUGAUCCUAAAUGCCUUGCUUCAGGAUUAAGUCACUCUUGGAUUUUUUUCCUUGUGCAUUUAGCAAUGCCCAAAUAGCAAAGUAUUAACUUAAAUUAGUCAUAUUGACUUCAAAGUUAACUUGUCAAACAGUGCAAUCCUAAACGUAUUUACUCAAAAGUAAGUCAGGUUGAACACAGAGGGAGUUACUCACUGGUGGAUGUGGUUAGAAUUGCAGCCUUAAAUGUACAAUUCAGCUGAGGUGGCUUGUUGCUCAGGCUAUUUAAUAUCAACAGGAAAUAUGUAUGUUCUCUAGAAGAGUGGGCAUUUCACUUCAUUUUUAAGUUGCUUUUCAAAAUAAUGUCCUCCUACAUGGAAAAAAAGCAAAGAUGAGUGUAAAAAGAGGUGGAGUAAAAACAAGAAUGCAGUCUAAUUUUCUUUCCUACACUUAGCAGACAUUGUGCUCCUUUUGCAACAUGUAGGCUAACCAUAGGUUUAGCCCAAGUUGCAGCUGCUGGACAGUACAAAAAUGUAACUUAAAACCAGAAGCACAUGUGCUCAUCUGAUAUCUCUGAAUCAGGAUGCUUAAGAGUUCUGAUGUAUUCGUUCAACUCUACUAGCCACAAGGGCUGUUCUAUUCAUUUCAGUGGAGGCAGCUGAUCCUUUCACGUAUUCAGUGAUUGGCUUCAUCCAUUGAAAUGAAUGGAACCCACCCAUGCAGGAUGGGUGCUUUUUCAAAUCGUGCAGCAAGUAAUUUUGUGUAUAUCUGUAUAGUACAGUCAAUAUGAUGUAGCAGAGAGUGUAUUGGACUUGGAGCAAGGAGGACUGGGUUCACACCCCUUCCCCACUCACCCAUAAAACCCACUCAGUGCCUUAUAUUUUAUAUAUAUGUAUCUUACAUUUUCCCAAGCCCUUUGGCUAAAAGCAAUAAAUAGGAUUGGGUGUACUGCCAAUAAACUAGGUUGCAUACACACCAUACAUUUAAAGCACAACACACACCCUCAAAGAAUCCUAGUAACUGUACAGUGGUGCCUCGCAAAAUGAAUUUAAUUCGUUCCACGAGUCAAUUCGUUUUGCAAAAAAUUCAUCUUGCGAAUCGCGGUUUCCCAUAGGAAUGCAUUAAUUAAAUUUCAAUGCAUUCCUAUGCGAAAACGCGAUUCGCAAGAUGAAUUUUUCACAAAACGAAUUCAUCUUGGAGGGCAUUUGUCUUGUGAGGUCCCACUGUAGUUUGUCUCUCACAAAGUUACGAUUUCCAGCGUGGUUAACAAAUAGUUCCUAGGAUUCUUGUGCUAUAAAUGUAUGGUGCCCUGGUCCCUUUUUCCUCAGUCUAUGAUUCUGUACAUAUCUAUUUUAUAAUUGCAAGAAAAGUAAAAAAUGAAUGGGAUGAAAAUGUAUAUAGUGGUAAAUGUAUUUUAAUCUUUUUGGACAAGAUGAACUUACAUUUAAGGUACAUUUUAUAUGACAGAAAUACUGCUUAUUUUAAGCUUUCCUUUGGUUUUAAUCCACAGUUUCACCUGUGGAAAGUUUUAUCUAAUGAACUGAGAUUUUAAGACUGCACUGGUAGCUGGCGCAGAGUUUACAGUUAAUUCCCAUGUACUUUUCCAUUUGGAAUGCGAGUACAGCCUGCUCAUUUUCAAUGGUUAAUCAUGGAAUUUGCAGAUCUCGAGCUUUGUGGUAUCUUUAUUUUAGAUAACAAGCUGUGGUUUUGCACUGAUCUCAAGUUUGAGCUGUCGAUGGAUUGCAUUAUGUAUUUUUGUGGAAUUUCAAAUAAAAGGGAAAAAUUAUAAUUGCACUGCUCAGUUAUUUCAACUGGUUAAAAAUGCAUCCCAUCUAACCACUCAGACAACCAUAACAAUUGCCGAGGACCGUUCACCAAAGGUUAGUAGUCACUGCUGAGCCCAUUGUUGAAAGUAAUGUAAUAACAUGCAACCAUAUUCUACCCAUGUCAGAAAUUAUUGCCACUGAGCUCCAUAAGACUUGCUCCCAGGAUUGCAGCCUUAGGAAGAAUUUAUUGCUGUCUGAUAGAUUUGCAAAUUAACGAUACACAAGGGAGAAAUAAAUUUUCUGUUGAGAAACUAAACUGAACGUUUAGCCAAUUAUUGAUUAAAGUGUUGAGACAUGGGUCUAGUUCUCAGCUGGUAUGAUAAGCCUGUGACUGACAAAGUGUGCACAAAUUUCACAUUCAAUACAUUUUUUGUUGAACGGGAGUCCUGCUUUCUUCAGUGGGGUUUACUGCAACGCAUUAUACGUACAUCUGCCUCUGAAAACAGUUCAGGAACUCCAGCUAGUGCAGAAUUCGGCAGCCAAGUUGCUCACUGGGACAAGAUAGUGUGAGCAUAUUCAACUGAUCCUGACCCAAUUGCACUGGCUGCCAAUUAGUUUCUGGGCUCAAUUUGAAGUGCUGCUUUUUACCUAAAAGCCUUAAAUGGCUCAGGACUGCAAUGCUUGAAGGACUGCCUCCCCCCAUGAAAGGUCUGAAGGGUGGCAACACAAGAACAGGCCUUUUCUGCAGUGGCUCCCCAUUGAUAGAAUGGUCUCCCUAAGAAGUCUUGCCUUGCGACUUCCGGUGGAGCUGCGGCCAUCGCUAGGAGCGCAGAAUAGCCUCUCCGGGGGAAUUCCGAGUGGCACAGGGGAUUAAGGGGUCUUGCAAAGACUAUGCAGACCCGGUCGCUUCAGGGGGAGUUACCUUGAAGUUGGGGUACCCAGUGGUAUUGUGGGCUGCUCUCCCCUUCCUUGGGUUUCUGGCUAAGAAACUCGAGGGGGGAUUGAGCGGCGGACGCGAGGGGGGUGCAUCGACGAACCUGUGCCAUGCAGUCUCAGGCUCCAGCUGAAAGCAGCCCGCUUCUGAAAAGAGACAGGCUGGAAUUAUCGUAGAUAUUCUGAGGUAUCUCAGAUAUCUGAGGAAUUUAUUUGGGAUAUUUGACGCAGCUGGAAGACGGUUGGGCGCAAAAAGGGAGUCCUUCCUCACAUUGGUGUAAAAAUGGCACUCAGCGGGAUGUUGCAGGAAAAAGCUGAUUAAGACGUUCCUACAAAGUGUGAGUGAGUAUUAGGUCUUUGGGGGGGAAGAAAGAGACUGGAUAUUCUUUUUUCCUUGGAAAAAGGAGAUUGAGAGAUCGAAAAAAGUUAAAAAUGGAACUUACGGCUCUUUUUGAGAGAGGAAAAGAAGUUAGAUUGUAUAUCUUAUAUUUCCUUUGGAUACCGAACCCACCUGUAUAUAAUUGACUUUAGCCCAUGGACAUAAAAAAUUGGAAAUAAAUUAUUGGAGGAGUUAUAAGCUGUAACUGGGGGAGAUAGCCAAGAGGACGUGUUAAAAGGACACUUUAAAAGCCAAGAGGACGCCUUAAAUGGAAUGACACUCUCCGGAUCACUUCUUUUGUUUCCUUUCCUUAUGAGGACUGAUUGUUGGAGGUGAAAUUGACUACAGAACUGAGGAGUUAAGGAGCCUACUUCUUAUUUAUAUCCUUUAUUUUCAAGAGACAAGCGUAGAUACUUGGAUAUAAAACCCUGCUAAUCUCGCAGAAGAGACGCUACUUGUUUAUUGGACAAAAGCUAAGUAUAUACGGUAAGUAGCGGAAGACCUAAGAACCUACUUUGAGGCGUCCUGUCUGGUAUGGCUAAGGGACUGGAUAAUAUUGAAAGAUACAGACUUGUUAGACCUUGAAGGAUUUAACAAUAGAUACAGGUGGGAAGUGAAAUCAAUAAGAAUGACCAAAGAUUAUUCAUGCAUGCCACCACAGCUGCUAGUAUGCUACUAGCUCAAAGAUGGAAAACAACAGAAAUUCCAACAGUAGAUGAGUGGCGGGGCUAAGUUGAUGGAAUGCUCAGAGUUGGCAAGGAUGAAAAGAAGAAUAAGGGUGCAAAAAGCCCAGAAGUUUCAAAAGGAUUGGAGUAAAUUUGUGGAUUACUUAAAGGAAUAUUGUAAAAAUGUGAAGACACUGAUGGGAUUAACAUAGAAACUACAACAUAAACGAUAGAUGUCCCUGCCUACGAAUAAAAUAAGACUUAUCUAAGAGAAAGACAGGAAUAAAAUGGGGAAAGCGCAUAAAAUAAGAGAAAAGAAUCGAAAACCAAGAGAGAGGAAGGAAGGAAGUCAUGUUCGGCAGAACAUUAGUAUGUAUUAGAAGAUUGUAUUAUUAUGAUAACAGAUGUAUUAAUUUGUAACAGAAGGGGUUGUUUAUUCCUGUUAUUUUAUUUUUCUGUAUUUGGAAAAACAAUAAAAAUUAAUUUGGAAAAAAAAGUAGAAGUCUUGCCUGGUGCCUUCAUUACAUAUCUUUUGGCGCCAGGCAAAAACAUGUAUCUAUAACCAGGCCUUUGGCUAAUUGUCUUUUAAUUGUGUUUGUGGCAGGGGAAUUACUGGUUUGUUUUGCUUUUGUUUUAUUAUGUAUUUUGUGUUUUCAUUUUGUAUUUUUAUGUUGUGACCCACCCUGUAAUCAUUGGGUGAAGGGUGGUAUAAAAGUUUAAUAAAUAUUAUUUAUAAUAAAUAAUACCUGAGAGCAAGCCCAGUUGAACUUAUAGGAGCUUACUUCUGAAUUAACAUGAAUAGGAUUGCACAGUUAAUACAUUUCUUGUCACAAGCAGACACUUUCCAAGUCAUAUUUUGUCACAUUGCUGAGAACUAGGCAGGACUAACUGAUCAGAUCAGCAUAAACUCCAUAUGGAUUAUGAGUCUCAGGCAUACUAAACACAUCUAGCAUUCAAAAGAGCCUUCUAUCUGAAAGCAUCCCUAGGGGGCAAGGGAGUCAGGUAGAGCCAUCCAGAGUUGCAUACAGUCCUCAAAUUCUUAGGAUGCCUCUUAGUCAAGCAGUAGUAGAGCAACAGCUUUCAGCACUCAGGGUUUGGUUGCUUGUUUUUCUAGCUGGAGAUAAAAUAAAUUAGGCCAAGUAGUAAGCCUCAUUCACCAAAGUUCCUCGGUCUCAAUACAAAUCUCUGUCACAUCACCAUCCUUCCUAGUUUGCACCACUAGAUGGCACAAUUAUCAUGCUUGCUGGAGUUAUUAUGGAGGAUACCAGAGGUGGACUUACGCCUAAAAGCCGAAGCAAUCAGCACACAGCUACAUGUAAGGAAUGCUCUGUUUUUUAAAGUGAGGGGGGGGGAGUAAAACUAACAAUGUCAGUAUGUUCAGCCUAGAUUUGCUACAGCAACUUUUAGCAAGGAGGCAGAAUAAGAAACAGGAGCUGCUCCAUUGUGAAAGGUAACAAAAGUAAAAGGUUGAAGCAAAUAAUGCAUAAUAAUUUCAUUUGCCAGAAUUGUGGAAGAAGCAAUUCUCACCAACAGGGAGGAACUGAUUGACGAAGUGGAAAUACUGGGAAGCUUGGAAGGAAGUGACCAUGUCCUCCUGGGUUUCGUGAUACAUAGGCAAGGUUUCAUGUGCAUGUACACUUCUUCAGUUUAUACCAAGAACAAACUGUUGAGUAGUACAGUACAUGUGAAAAAGAUCUAGGGGUCUUAGGAGACCACAAGUUUAAUUUGAGUCAACAGUGUGAUGCAGCAGCAAAAUAAAAUAAAAUUAAUGCUAUUCUAAGCUGCAUCAACAGAAGUAUAGUGUCCAUGUGAAGGAAAUUAAUAGUCUCGCUUUAUUCUGCCUUGAUCAGAGCACAUCUGGAAUACUGUCUCCAGUUCUGGGCACCACAAUUUAAGAAGGAUAUUGACAGGCUGGAACUUGUGCAGAGGAGGACAACCAAUAUGAUCAAGGGUCUGGAAACCAAGCCUUAUGAGGAACAUUUGGGUGACUAAGGCAGGCAUCCCCAAACUCCAGCCCUCCAGAUGUUUUGGACUACAAUCCCCAUCAUCCCUGACCACUGGUCCUCUUAGCUAGGGAUCAUGGGAGUUGUAGGCCAAAACACUGGAGGGCCGCAGUUUGGGGAUGCCUGGACUAAGGCAGUGUUUCUCAACCUUUUUUGGGCCACGGCACACUUGUUCCGUGAAAAAAAUCACGAGGCACACCACCAUUAAAAAAGUUUAAAAAAUUAACUCUGUGCCUCCCUAUAUUAUAAUUAUGACUGUAAGAAACACUUGCCAAAUAUUGCUUUCCGGCGGGUCAGCGCUGCCGAGUUCUUAAAAGAUCCGGGUUUCUGAUCCACCCCACCCGACCCCGCCGUCCCGUAUCUUACCCUGUGCGUGUUCUCGGACUUGUGAGAGGACGAUUUGGUCUUCAUGCCUCCGUGAAUUAGCAACAAACUACCUUUUGAAUGAUGGAGAUUGAAUAUUUUAAAAGUAGCUACUUGAAG